AGAGAAUCUGAGAGUCUUGAGAAAUGACACCUGUGUGGCUCCUGGGUGUGAUCCUCGCUGGCUUUUUCCAGGCUCCGACUGAUGGAGUUUCAGCAGAUAAUCCUUUGGCAGACAUUACCUUAAGAAGCUUCAAUAAUUUGGAUGCCGAAGUUAUUGCAAAACGAAACUACUUUCCAAACUGUGGCCCUAUUCCUCAUGUUCGCUAUGCAAAAUUUAAACUUCUAAGAACAUCAGUGAGGUAUACUUGUGAUUCUGGAUACACAUUGAUAGGACCAAACAUAAUAUACUGUCAGAAUGGAAAUUGGGAUCAUGAACUACCAAUGUGUCAAGCACAACCUAAAUUCAAACCGGGACCCCCAGGUGAUAAAGGUGAGCAUGGACCAAUAGGACCCCCCGGUGAUAAAGGCAACAGUGGGCCAAUAGGUCCUCAAGGUGAAAAUGGUCCUCAUGGAUUUAAAGGAUCAAAAGGUGAAAUUGGGUUCCCUGGACCAAAUGGUCAAACAGGUAUUCCUGGGGACACUGGACUACCUGGACCACAAGGUAAUCCAGGUCUAUUUGGGGAAAAUGGUGAUAAAGGUUCCAAAGGUGACAAUGGCAUUCCAGGAAUACCUGGUUCAAAAGGUGACAAUGGACUAAGAGGAGCCCAAGGAGAGACCGGCUACAUAGGACAAAUGGGACCUCCAGGAAAUAUUAUUUUACCAGUGAGAUCUGCUUUCUGUGUCAAACUUACCAGCGCCAGUCCAAACUGUAACACCCCAAUUCUAUUCAACGAAGUUCUCUACAACGGUCAAGGAGAUUAUGAUCCUGUCACAGGCAUUUUCACUGCCAGCAUUGCUGGGGUGUAUGCCUUUGAAUAUUUCUGUGAGGUGUAUACAAAAAAUGCACUAGUUGUAUUAGUACUAAAUGGUAAAGUUGUCAUUAGCACAUAUCAGUCCUAUUACUCAUUUUAUGAAAUUUUAUCUGGAGGAGCAAUACUUAGGUUGUGUGUUGGUGAUAAAGUAUGGCUGGAAACUCAACAGUCAAACAAUGGGUUAGCAAUUGGAAGUUAUUUCAUGGGAUACCUAAAGCAUUGCAAAAUGACACCUGUGUGGCUCCUGGGUGUGAUCCUCGCUGGCUUUUUCCAGGCUCCGACUGAUGGAGUUUCAGCAGGUAUUCAGCAAAGCAUUGAUCUUAUGGAGAGAGGGUAUCUGAGCAGCAACCAAUUACCUGCAGUACAAGCAAUCAAGCCCCUCAACAGUGGUCUUCAGAAACGAGCACACAUGAUAGAUUGUGGCCCUGCUCCUCUGGUUAAACAUGGGCACAGUAUUAUUCUUGUUCGUGGAUAUGCAGUGAAGUUCACCUGUAACUCUGGAUUUAUACUGAUUGGUCCAGCCCAAAUAAUAUGUUUGCCAAAUUGUCAAUGGGACAAACCACCAGUCUGCCAAUCUUUUACAUAUCCAAAAGGACCGAAAGGAGAGCAAGGUGAUCCAGGAUCAAGAGGAAUGCCUGGUGAGCCCGGUGAUGAAGGGUUCAGGGGAGUAUCAGGCAAUACAGGAUCACCUGGUCUAAGAGGACAAAAAGGUGACAAUGGCUGGAAUGGAGUACCUGGGUCAAAAGGUUUACCAGGCUUCACAGGACCAAUGGGACCAAAAGGUUAUAUGGGUAUGAAUGGAAUGCCAGGUCAAGAUGGUGACCCAGGUGAUUUUGGGCAAACAGGGAUUCCAGGAUUAAUGGGCAACACUGGACCAAAAGGAGAAGUAGGACUUCCAGGUCCUAUUGGAUCAAUGGGACCUCCAGCAGAUCUUAGUUCUUUAGCUCAAUCUGCCUUCUGUGUAAAUCUUUGCAACAACCAACCACCAACUAACUCAAUAAUUAUAUUUCAAAAUGUGAUCUACAAUGACCAAGGAGAUUUCAAUAUGAAUACCGGUCAGUUCAUAGCCCGCAUUUCAGGCGUGUAUUUCUUUAAGUAUAUCUGUGAAGUGUUCACAACCAAUGCAUAUAUUGUAUUAAAACGAAAUGAUGACAUUAUUGUUAAAUCUUUCCAGUCAUAUCAUGAUACUUAUGAAAUGUUAAGUGGCGGUUGCAUUAUUCAACUGAAUUGUGGUGAUAAAGUCUACUUGGAAGCUUUAAAAUCGCAGAACGGCAUCACAAAAUUUAGUUACUUUAUGGGAUUUUUGAUCUUUCCAUGUUCAUAGGAUUGUAUCAGACAGAGUCAUAAUUUUAUGUUUCUUGUGUAUCUACUCUAAUAUUCUU